AUGCCUAAGCGUCUUCGGGCAGAAGAGGCGUUCUGGCAACUGGAACCCGAUCUUCAAAAGGUGGAGUCGCUCCAAGCACUGGCGCUGCAGCAACGCUUCGAUGAAGAUCUGAAGCCCUUCUUUUUAGCCGUCGGCGUCCACCAGGAGAUGACGCGCCCCGUGCUCCGACAGUUGCUGCAACGACCUCAAGAAGUGAUGUCCAUGAUGCGAUGGUCCGGUCUCAAUGUGGGCGAUGUUGAGGACCUUGGGAUGUUGCAGACAUCCAGCAACUUCAGACCUCCAGAAGCUUGGUAUGGCGGCCAUUGGAGGAGGGAGAUGAGGGAUAUGCAAGUGAUUCAGGAUUGGCACGCCGACGACUCCGCGGAUGAGAGUACUGAUGCUGGCACCACCACCGAAGGCGGAGGCCAUUUCAGCCAUUGGGGUCGAUCUGAUAAUAUGGUAACCCCUAAAUCCAUGGGUUAA